AAAAAUCGAUAUAUGUGUUUAGUAUCAAUAGAGAAUUUGAAGGACAGACUGCAACUCUAAUUUUCUCUUCGGUUUACGAAAAAAUGAUGCAAUUUGAUAAAUUGCACAAUUUAAGUCACCCAUAACAUUUACGUAGUCUACGAACAUACAGUCAAUAUUUACCGAGUGUUGUGAACAGCUAGUGACAACAUUGCCGAUUGAUACACACAAAACGUUAAACGAAGUUCUAACCUCAAUAACAAUACAAAACAACUAAAACGUGCAAUCGAAACACCGACAGGAUGGAUGAGUUUUCAGACCUGUGGAUGUGCAACUAUGUUGAUAAUCAGAAGCAAAACCAUGCAUUGCACCCCAAUUUGCAACUUAUUUGGAAGUGCAACUGGGAACAUUUCAUGCGACUGCCUGUGACGAGCAAACUGUUGCUGGAUGUGACCAAGAAUGCAUCGAACGAUGACGACUUCGAAAUUAUCGGUGCCAAUCAGACCGAACUUCUUGCGAUAGCAAUAUCAAGUCUGCAGCUGUUUGUGCAACAAAAUUUUAUCGGGCCAAACAUUGAGUUCGUUUCGAAGGGCUUACCCUCGUCGAAUGAACUCCGCGUUUUGCUUCAAGUCAACGGAGUCGAACUGAAUGGCAAUGUGGAGAAACCGGAGCUGUUACUGCUCAGCAUGAAAAUAGUCAAAAAAUUGCUGAAAUUGUCGCCGACAUACUAUGUACUGCAGUGGUGGUAUCUACGGAUUCUAUACAUUUAUAAUGAAGUUCUCGACGAACCAUGCGAAGUCGUAUACGAUGACUUUUGUGUCUAUUCGGAGGAAUUAUUGAAACAGUUGGACAAUUUGCCUAGCAUUGAGACGAGGGUGCUAGUGCUCUUAGAGAUAAGCCAGCAAUAUUUGGCGUACAAACGUGUAUUGAAAUCGGAAGACCACUUGACGAUGGCACGAAAUCUGCUAAAUGCUAAGCUUGACGUUACAGGUGCGCUUGGUAUGCGAACGAAGUUCCAACAAAAACCGUUGCCCCUAUUGUCGCUGAAAAUCGAAGGGGAUUUUGAAAAACUUGCAUCGAACGACGUUACACACAGUGAGACGUUGCUACCGAAGCUGCUGAGGCAUGACGAUGAUACCCGGCUGGAAAAGGUUCAAUUUCAGUCAGAGGAAGAUAACACAAUCAAGGAGAUUCCAAGCUUGAUCCAGCUGUUGGUCUUAGCGACGGUCCAUCACAUCCAAAAAUCUCAGCCCAAAGAUCGGCUUGCUAAUGAGGAACUCGAACCGUACCUAAUGACACUAUUGUAUCAAACGAAAGGACCGUGGUCGUCCCGAAUUGCAACAUUGUUAAUGAACAUUAACAUGGAAGCUAGUCACAAACGAACGGUUGACCGAAGUCUUCGACAGUGCGAAGAAAUUUCCAAAAUAAUCAGUGCGACCAGUGUACCGUCGAAGCAAAGGUUGUCCUUUGUGUACGCAUCAUUCACACGUCCGAGAUGGUUCGUACAAGUUCAACUGGCUGAUUUGAUGCUCAGUCUUGGUUUGUUGAAGAGUGCCCUGGAGUGCUACCUGAAAAUCCAGAAGUGGGAAGAAGUCAUUGUCUGCUACACACUUCUCGAGCUGCGCCACAAAGCGGCUGAUGUAAUUCGACAAGAAUUGGAAAAGAAACCGACAGUGGAAUUGUACUGCUUGUUGGGCGAUGCAACGGAUGAUCCACAAUUUUACGAAGAGGCUUGGAGACUGUCGAAGGAAAAAAGCGGCCGCGUCCAAAGGCAUUGGGGCGGAUUCUAUUUUGCUCGCAGGGACUACGAAAAAUGCAUUUCGCAUCUGCAAAAGUCGUUGGAAUUGAAUAAUUUGCAGGAAACUGUUUGGUCAAGACUGGGCUUUGCAGCAAUCCAACUGGGAAAGUGGGAACUCGCGGCCAAGGCUUAUCGAAUGUAUACGUUCAUCGAACCGAACGGUUUCGAGGGGUGGAAUAAUCUGGCAAGAGCUUACACCCAAUUGCACGACACAAAACGGGCGCACAAAGUGUUGCAGGAGGCAAUCAAAUGCAAUUACGACAACUGUAAAGUCUGGGAAAACUUUCUCACCAUCAGCAUGAUGACGGACAAUUUUGAAGAUAUUUUGCGUUCGAACGAAAGAUUAAUUGAUUUGAAGGGAAAAUACUUCGACAGAGAGUCACUGCAUCUUGUGGUCCAUGCCAUUGCUGAGAAUGUUCCAGAUGCGAAUAACCUACCGACACUGCGACUGAAGAAAAGGGCACAGGAUCUGUUGGGUCAUCUGUGUACAUUGCUGCCGAGUGAAGGAAAGUUAUGGGAAUUUUCGUCUGUAUUGUGCAUUGGCGAACCAUUGGCUCAAGCACAAAAAUUGCAAAGAGCCUUUCGAUGUUACACGCAGGCUCAAAGUUUGUCCUGGUCUAAUAAUCCCAAGACCGCCCGGAAAGUGUUGGAAGUCUGUCAACAACUUUGUAUAGCCAGUCUUGCCGGAUUCGCCGACCAUAAAAGCAGCGAACGAUCAUUGGCUUUGUCGCAAUUGUCGUCAGCAAGGCUUAGCGCUCAGGGAAGUAUACGCGCUCUCAGCGAACAUAAUUACUCUGAAUGCUCCCAAUUGACCGAUGAGCUUAGUGGUUUGUUGGAUCAAAUCAAGGACGUGCUGCUGAAAAAUCUUUAGUUGAACGGAUCGUCUUUUUUGUAUAUCACAUUUGUCAUGUAGAGCCUAGCCUAAGUGGAUGUCGUGAAUAUAAUUCAUUGUGUGCGGAAAU